GUCAGCGUGGGUUUCCUCCAGGUGCUCCAGCUUCCUCCCACAGUCCAAAGACAUGCAGGCUGCAGUGUUGGGUUCUCAGUCCUGGAUCUCCUGCAGAGAUAAUAUCUGCAGAAAAGAGAAGAAACACUGAUAUUAAAAAAACAAAGAGCAGAGGACAGUACACUUGGGAAGAUUCAGGUACAGCCGAGUGGUCGAGGCUCCCUGGGAACCUUUUCAAAUAACAAUCCAACUGACUCCAGGUCAGCAGUUAGGGAGGACGUCUCUCUCAUCUGCAGGAAACCUCUCACACUGAAGCAGCUGUGGUCUCUGUCUGGACCAGGGGUCGGCAACCUUCACAAUCAAAAGAAUAAAUAAAAAAUCUGUCUGGAGCCACAAAGCAUACUUGAGCCUUAUAAUAGCCACAGGGAGACACUGGAGAGGGGCUAAAGAGCAGCUCCGGGGCCUCAGGUUGCCUCUCCGUGGUCUGGACUCACCCUCCACCCUCUGCAGACCUGCUCUUGAUGGUGACCUGCCUCAUCGGCCAUGGCAGGAUCUGGUGUUGCUCUGAGGCUGCACGAGUUCAGAGAGUCUCAGGACUCCAGACAGCUCGAUGGACCGACCACGUUAACACUAUCGUCUCGUCUGGGGAGAGACGUUCAUGGAUUGUAUCCAGGACAGCUGGGUAGAGUCCAUGUUGUCCACUCAAAGGAUUGUGGCUACAGUCUUCACAGCGGACGGUCUCAGUCGCUCUACAAGUCUCUUCAGUCUCCAAACCCUCUGUGUGAAAACUACCAGCAGAGUUUUGACGUCCGCACCCUGAGAGCGCUGGCUGUCCUCCGUCACCAUCCUGCUGUCCUGGAACAGCGCCCCCCUCAGACGGUUUACCAGGAACAGUUUGGUCUUCAGUCACCUCUCCUGCCUCAGUAGUUCAGCAUAUUGUGCU